AUGUCGUACACAUUCUCCAUCCUAUCGCCCCUCGAUGUCCCUCUUUUUACGCACGACUUCGGCACCUCACGCAGCGGCGGCACUGGCGUUGCGAACUACACACCUGCUGAGCGCGCUCUCGUCCCAUUUAUCCUACACUCGUCACUAGACAUCGUCGAAGAAGUGCAAUGGGGUCCUUCUACCUCCAGCGGCUCAGCACCCAUGUACCUCAAACACAUCGACAAAUAUCAGAACUGCUUUGUAUCGUGUUGGAUUACCGGCGGCAACACGCGCUUCCUUCUGCUUACACGACCACGGGAUGAAAGUCUAGGACUGACCAGCGGAGGUGCUGGAGGCGCGAGAGGGAGUCUUGCAGGCGGAAGGGCUGCACUGGGAGGAGGCGCUGGUCUGUACAAUCCUAGUAGUCCAGCCACGGAAGAGGCCGUCAAGAACUUCAUGGUCGACGUAUAUGAGGCGUGGGUCAAGACUAUCAUGAACCCGUUCUUUGCCGUCGGCAAUGGGGAGGUCAUCAAGAGUCCGGUAUUCAGGCAGAGGGUUGCGACAGCGGCGAAGAAGUAUCUAUGA